AUGGGAAACAGCCCAGUUGUACAGCCAUCAGUAUCACCAAUACCAACAACAACAAAUGGGAAUGGAUAUAACAAUGGAGGCAAUGCAUUAACGAAUAAUAAUUCUGUAGGUGGACGAGUCUCUCCGAUACUCACUUCAUCACAGCAGCAACAACAACAGCAAGUACAACUCUAUUGCGAUUUCAUUCCCGGUGAUGAGGUCAAGGUGAAAAGGUUGCAAUAUACGAUGGCAUUCCCUUCGGGUACAUCACCCCUCCAACAACCAUCAAGCAUUCUGGUCUCGGGAUCGACGAAUUCAUCCGUACCCUACAAUUUGAACUCAAAUCAACAAGCCUAUACAAACAACGUUGGAGGUUCUUCUCAACCAAAUAAUGUUAGCAAUUAUAACUAUGGAAAUAAUACGAGUUAUUACAACGAUAAUAACAACUAUGGAACAGCAAUCACGAAUCAUGUAAAUAGUGUAACAACAACAAGUAAUAAGAAAGUUCUUCCUCCUAUGCAAGAGCAGCACAUGUAUCCAUCAUUUACGGAGAAUGAACUACAUAGUCCUCCUCCCAUUCUUCCACCCAAUUCCUUUCAUCCACCAUUGCACACACAUUAUUCAUCCACACCGUCUUACAAUAGUGGCAGUAACGUUAAUAAUUAUAAUCCAUCAUCAACAACAACUAACAAUAAUUCUCGGAACACAUUGAAUCAAUCAGUUCAGCACCAACAUGGAGCAGCCAAAAAUCCAUCGUUAAAAAUUGCAACCCCCAACAAGACCAAAAUAGUGGAUGAUUUUGUGUUGAUUGAUCCUGCAAGUCCUCUUGUGCCACCUCCAACUACCGGUUCUGUAAUUCCAACAACUAGUCCUUAUUUUGUACAGCAAUCUCAACAACAACAGGCUUCAAACAAUGCUUCCUCAGUAGUUCUAACCAAUCAACCACCUCAAUAUCAUUAUCCUUAUAACUCCAAUUAUUCGUUAUUGAACCCGUCCUCAAUAAGAUAUGACAUAACGGUGAAUCCUGUACAGGCAUCAAAUACUCAUGGCGUACAUUGGAAUUCUUUAUAUCAACAGCAGCAACCAUUGCCAGAAAAUAAUAGUAGUGUUGGGGUAUUACUUACAAAUACCUCAACAAGUCAAGUGAAGGGUGGAUAUUUAGGUCAACCAGGACGAACACCAGUCACCGGGCAAGAACAUCCUCAAUUUGUAAUGCCUCCACCACCAGUUCCUAUUAAUGACCUAAAUAGCUAUCAAAAACACUCGUUUCCAACCUCACAAUAUCCAUACAGUCAAAUGGCUUUCUUUUAUCCAUAUUUAUAUGACGACCAUUUCUAUAAUUCAGUUCAUAUUGUUAAAUCAGUGAAAGUUAGACUUGUACCUGCAAAUGAUCAACAACAAUUGUUACAGCCUCCCUCAACAAAUUACGGUGUUGGCAAACAGUCGAAUAACAUGUAUACCUCACAAAACUCAUCAAAAUUAACGGUACCAUCGAAUCCUAAUGUAGCUACGACAAGUCCUCAAUUAAUAUCAAUUGUAGAAAUUACUCUCGAGGAUGAUCCCUAUCAGUUAGUUUUCUCAAUCAAUGAUUUAGAACAAAUACCAAACGAAAAACAUCAUCAAAGAAGAAUUGAAUAUAGAAUCAUUGAGAGAUAUGUGUCGUUGUGUAGACAAACACAAUCCUAUGUUCCCACAUCAUCCUCUACGACCCCAUAUCCUGUCAUUGACCCAGUUCCAUACAUUUUAGAUCUUUACACAGAGCACAUUAAAAAAGGAAUUGCAUUGGUACGACUGGACUUGGUUUCUCUUGGCCUUGGAGAUGAAGAUGUUAAAUGUAUUGCAUGGACAUUAUUACCGCCAUGGUCAGUUGGAUCAUCAGUCCGAAGAUUGAAUCUAAGUGGAAACAAGAUCACUUCGAAAGGUGCCCAAUACAUUUCGAAUGCAUUUAUGAACUCGGCACCUCAGCUGCAAACCAAGAAAAUGUCGAAUAGCGCCUUUGCUGUCAAAGAACUAGAUUUAAGUUUCAAUAAGGAUAUUGGAUUCAUUGGUGCUCAAUUUUUAGCAGGCAUGCUAAUACGUAACACAUCACUUACAUACAUUAAUCUUGCACAAACAGGUAUCACGCCCCAGGGAUGUGACUUGAUUAUUAAUGCUCUCAUUCAAAACAAUGAAAGUUCCAUCAUCAAAUUGGAUCUAAGACAUGACAUGGUGGGAGAAGAGCAAAUUAAGAAAAUGUGUAAACUUGUAGAAAUUCGCAAGUCGUUAUGCUUUUUGGAAUUUUAUCCUUACAAAGAAAUGAUAGAAGGAAGCAUCAAUGAGGGAACAAAUGAGGAAGGUUGGCUCUCUUACGACGGAUGGGUCAAGCAUGCAAUGCUCAGAGAACUACUUGAAAAGAAUGUGGAAUAUAUGAAAAAUCAUCCCAGCAAGUUACAAAAGAAGGCUGCAAUGAGCAUCAAUAAGACGCCGUCCGCUUCACCAUCUACAAUAGACAAUAAUUUGGAUACUCUCAAUUCAAUGCUUAAUUCAAUAUUUUCAACAAUAUCAGGUACAAGUGGUACGAGUUCAACCUCCAGCAAAGAGAAGGAGCUGACAAACGAUACAGAAUUAUCAUUUGACAACGAUAUUUUCAGUUUGAGUAUGAGCUCAUCUUUGAAAACGGAGAAUGUGGUAAAUUAUCUCAAGUUGAGUGGGGAGGACAGUGUUGACUCAACACCUCCAACAUCGUACUAUGAUGAUUCCUCGAUUAUAACAUGUGCCAUUUGUUAUGAAGACAAAAAACCAACAGAUGGAACUGUAUUUUUCAUGGAAGAGUGUGAACACAAAUUUUGCAGUGCAUGUAUUUUUGAGUACGUUAAGGACAAAAUUGAGAAGGGAGAAGUAGACAGUAUUCAAUGUCCAGAAUGCAACAGAAAUUUAUCUGUGAUGGAAGUCAAGCAAAUUUUGAAUCAAGGAAAGCUGAACAAAAUUUCACAAGAUCAUGACGCCUCCUCUCACACCGAAGACGACGAUUUGUUUGCCAAGUACGAAGAAUUUUCUCUCAAGAGAGCAUUGGGAGGAAUGAAGGAUUUACUGUGGUGCCCUAAUCCUAAAUGUGGAAACGCAAUUAUUGUUGAAGCAACACCAUCACUCGGAAUGGCAUCGCCCAUGUCUCCAAAGAUGUUAUCUCACAAAGCUUUACCAUUGCAAGAGAUACCAACUGGAGGUGAGCCAUCAUCUGUGUCAACUGCUAGUAAUAGCAAUGCUUCUCAAGCACAAUCUUCUCAAACUGGUGGAGGAAGCGAACUAUUAAGCCCAAUACCAAGCUUUAGAAAACGAAUGCCAUCUGUUAAAGUACAUUGCUCUCAUUGUGGUUGGGACUUCUGCUCCAAAUGCGUGCAAAAGUAUCAUCCUGGGCUGACUUGUGAGGAAAAUGAUGCAAGAAACAAAUCUAAACAAGACGAACAAUUCAAAGAAUGGAUGAAAGACCAAGGCGCUAAAGUAUGCCCUACCUGUGGAGCCGUAAUUCAAAAAACACGAGGCUGUAAUUCCAUGCAAUGUAGUCAAUGCAACACCAAAUUUUGUUACUAUUGCGGAAAAGCUUUUGAUAGCUCUGAACGAGAACACUACAAAAAUUGUUACAAGUGGAGUCUAUUUGGAUUCAAUUUAUAA